GUCUCGUCAGUCACCGACAGGCAGAGAUGGAAAAACAAACUAGCCUAAUGUUGUGUCUCUAUUCAUAAUCAGCACUGUUUUACCCUUUCAAUGACUUGUCAUCGCCUACCCACACACAGGUGCCACACAUAGGCUGUGUUUGUUUGACUUAAUGGGUGGAAAAAAGAAGAAAUCGGCAGCUCCGGUGGCCCCGGCUGUGGCGGCAGCAGCACAGGGCAGGAGCGGUGUAGCUGCAGCGGUGAACAGCGUGGCGGAGGAGCCGAAGAAGCAACCAGCCAACGCCAAGCCGGCUAAACCAGCCAAAGAAAACAAGUCAAAGGCUCCAAAGACCUACAGCCUUGCAAACACUGCACAAGUGGACACAGGUGGAGUCUCAGACAAGUCCAUUCUGAAAGUCACUAUCCAAGCUGACUUGGAGAAGAGGAUCAUCAAGCUGAUCAAUGAUUUCAGACAGGAGAAUGGGGACAAAGAGCAUGUUUCAGGCAGACUUACAAGCAAGAAACUGCUGGACCUGUACACAGCUCUACAGAAGUUCAACUUCAAGAGAGAGCACAUUGAGGAGGCGAUGAAGAGCAGUGUGCUCUAUGGAGGGGAUCUCCACUCUGCUCUCGACUGGCUCUGUCUCAACCUUAAAGAUGAUGAGCUGCCCGAAGGUUUUAGCCAGCAGAUGCAGGAGGAAAGCCAGAAGAGCAGGCCCAGGUACCAGCCUCCUGCUCAACAGACACCUGCCACCCCAAGCCCCAAAGCACCCAACAGUAUACGCAAAGAGCCCAGCAAGGCCCCAGAAAAGGACGAAGCUGCAAGCGUGAAGGACUGGAUCUUAAGGUAUGCGGAACAGAGCAGUGAUGAAGAUGAUGGUGAGGAGGAAGAGGAAGAUAGAGAGAAGAAGAGGGGGCACAAUCCUGAGCUGGAGGAAAAGUUUGACCCAAACGACCGCUAUUUGGUCCUCACCGCUCAGCUGUAUGACACUAAAGAAAUGGCGACCGCUGCCAAGACCAAAGGGGACAAGUUGGGCCAAAGGACGGCACAGGACAGGAUACGCAUCAUACAGCAAGAAAUGAAGCAGCUGGAAGCCCACCCCGUGUUCAAUCCAACUAUAAAGGUGGUGGAUAUUCCGCAGAGGGAAAAGAAAACAGUUCCAGUCAGUGAGGGCAAAGAGGACGUCCCCUUUAAUCUGUUUGAACGAGCUGAAAAGGAGCCUCCCGCUGAGAAAGCUGUGAAGAAGAACGAGCCAAAGGACAUUCGUAAUUUUGACUAUACAGCUCGCAGCUGGACUGGAAAGUCUCCCAAACAGUUCCUCAUUGACUGGGUCCGAAAGAACCUGCCCAAGAGUCCUGCACCGGCUUUCCACAAGGUUCCUGCUGGGAGAUACUGGAAAUGCAAAGUGCGUAUUCAGAGGAUAGAGGAUGUUCUGGAGGUUUGUCCCACCAUUCUGACUGAGGACAGCAUGCAAGCUCAACAUCUGGCAGCCACACUGGCGCUCUACACCCUUAUUAAAGGACAGUCGGUGCACCAGCUGCUUCCUCCAACCUACAGAGAUGUGUGGUUGGAGUGGAGAGACGGCGACCAGCAGCGACAGGAGGAGAACCGCACUGCCGCAAACAAACCUCGAGAUCAGUUCAUCUCCCGGCUCCUGUCCCGACUCAAACAGCAGCAGAGCCAGAGCCAAGAGCAAGGGUCAGGAUCCCAAGACCAGGCUGUGCUGGACCAUAGUGGAGAUGACGAGCCCGAAGAGUCCUGGGAGAACCUGGCUAGUCUUGAUAUCAGGGAUGGAGAAGAUCUGGAAGACAAGAGUGAGAAAAGCGGGUGCAGGAGGGAAGAGGAGGGAGCACUCAGGGCAGGAAGAGAGCUUUUACUGAAGCUGAAGAAGUCACCACUCGCUCUCAAACUGCUGGCAGAGCGAGAGCAGCUUCCUGUCUUCCAACACCGCCGUCGUGUCCUGGAGGCUCUACAGCGCCACUCUGUGGUGGUGGUGGCUGGCGAGACGGGCAGUGGGAAGAGUACACAGAUUCCUCAGUUCCUGCUGGAGGAGCUGUUGACUGGGGGCAAAGCGGCACAGCCCUGCAACAUCGUGGUGACUCAGCCUCGCAGGAUAUCUGCCAUGAGUCUGGCCUGCAGAGUCACUCAGGAGCUUGGGUGUGAGGAUGGACCCGGAUCCAAGUCGUCGUUGUGCGGAUACCAGAUCCGCAUGGAGAACCUGUCCGGGGAGUGGACCCGUCUGCUCUACUGUACGACUGGAGUUCUGCUGAGGAAGCUGCAGCACGACAGACACCUGAGUUCACUGACUCACAUCAUCGUAGACGAGGUCCAUGAGCGCAGUGUGCAGUCAGACUUCCUGCUGACCAUCCUGAAAGACGUUGUUAUGAGGAGAUCGGACCUGCAGCUGAUUCUCAUGAGCGCCACAGUCGACUGUGACAAGUUCUCCAACUACUUCAACCGCUGCCCAGUGAUCAAUAUUCCCGGCAGGACUUUCCCAGUCGAGGUGUUUCAUCUAGAAGACAUCGUGGAGCAGACAGGCUACGCCCUGGAAAAAGACUCAGAGUACUGUCAGAAAAUUCUGGAAGAAGAGGAAGAAGUCAGCAUCUCUAUCACACAAAAAGGCGGCAAGACAUUUCAACACCAGGAGGUGAUAUUGAGGGACUCCUCAGGCUGGGACCUGGGUCCUGACCUCGACCACUUUAGCAGCAGAACACGGCAGGUGUUGCAAUACAUGAACCCCAAUAAGAUCAACAUGGACUUGCUGGUUGACCUCUUAGACUAUCUAGACAAAUCCCCACAAUUUGCAGUUUUGGAUGGAGCCGCUCUCGUGUUCCUUCCAGGGUUGGCUCAUAUCCAGCAGCUGCACGACCUGCUCACUUCAGACAAGAGGUUCAGGGAGAGAAACAGGUACAGGAUUGUAGCUCUCCACUCAACACUUUCAUCCAAAGACCAGGCGGCUGCCUUCACAGUGCCCCCUGCUGGAGUCAGGAAGAUUGUGUUGUCGACUAACAUCGCUGAGACAGGUGUGACGAUCCCUGAUGUCGUGUUUGUCAUAGACACUGGGAAGACCAAAGAAAACAAGUACCAUGAGAGCAGCCAGAUGAGUUCUCUGGUGGAAACAUUUGUUUCCAAAGCCAGCGCCCUCCAGAGGCAGGGGAGGGCAGGACGUGUCCGUAACGGCUUCUGCUUCAGACUCUACCCAAAAUUCAGGUUUGAUGCCUUCAUGGAUUAUUCCAUACCAGAGAUACUACGGGUCCCACUGGAGGAGCUCUGCCUCCAUAUCAUGAAAUGCCAGUAUGGUUCCCCGGAGGAUUUCCUGAGCCGGGCCCUCGAUGCUCCUCAGCCACAGUCAGUCAGUAAUGCUAUCAACUUGCUGAGGAAGAUAGGUGCGUGUCACCUCACCAAUCACCUCCUCACUCCUUUGGGACACCACCUGGCGAGUCUGCCUGUCAACGUGAAGAUCGGCAAAAUGCUGAUUUACGGAGCCAUCCUCGGCUGCCUGCAGCCCAUAGCAACCAUUGCAGCAGCCAUCGCUGAGAAGUCUCCCUUCUCCACACCGAUGAAUAGAAAGGAUGAAGCUAACUUGGCCAAAGCUGCACUGGCAUUGGCAAACUCUGAUCACCUGACUAUCUACAAUGCAUAUGUGGGGUGGAAGAACUCACAGACUGAGGGACCGAGAGCAGAAAUGUCUUACUGUAGGAAGCACUUCCUCAACAGAACAGCUCUCAUGACAAUAGAGGAUGUGAGGCAUGAGCUGAUGAAGAUGAUGGAGCAGGCAGGUUUCUGGUCACCUCGCUCCUCCUCUCGCUCUAAGGCCCCGCAGGUGGCCCCGCUGUCCAAGCAGCAGAUCACAGUCUUGAACGCAGCGCUGACGGCGGGGCUCUACGACAGCGUGGCUCGGGUCUUGUGCACACCCUCGGUGGAUGUGCUCGAGCGACUGGCCUGCACGGUGGAGACGCCUCAAGGCAAAGCGCAAGUCCAUCCGUCAUCCGUGAACCGCAACCUGCAGACCCACGGCUGGCUGCUGUACCAGGAGAAGGUGAAAUACACCAAGAUCUACCUGCGAGACACCACUCUGAUAUCUCCAUUUCCAAUGCUGCUGUUUGGAGGUGACAUUGAUAUUCAGCACAGAGAGAGACUCAUCACACUUGAUGGAUGGAUACAGUUCCAGGCUCCCGUUCGCAUCGGUGUGAUCUUCAAACACCUGAGGAAGCUGAUGGACUCUCUGCUCGAAAGGAAGCUGGAGAAUCCAAGGAUGAAUCUGGAAGGUGAGGGGACCAUCCAGAUGAUUUUGGAUCUGAUCCAAUCCGAGCAUGCUCUGUGAUAACUGACCAACUCCGGAAGCAUUCGCCACAGAAAGAACCUGCAAACCAGGACUUAGGCUGUGUGUGCAGGAGUCCUGCAGACAAAAUCCUUAUUGUGUCAAAUCUACUGUUCAGGAUUGACACCUGCAGACAACAUGUGGGUUGGACUCUUAUUUAUCAGGAGCUCAGGAGUGUAUGAUAUGAAAUUUCCACUUUCAAACUUGCGACUGUUCACACCUGCCAUUCAAAUGCUUCCUGCGAUCACUUGCGAUUGGAUCUCACUUCCUCAUGCUGUAUGCAAAUAUGACAGAUUUGUAUCUGCUGUUCACACGAACAAAACAAAAAAAAUCAUGCUUUUAAAAAGGUCUGACCAUACAGACGUGUCUGUUAAUGUGUUGGUAUGAGUGAGGUGGAGUGAGAGGUCUGCUGCUGUAUCAUGAAAAUGAGAUUUAAACGCCUGGAAAAAUCAAAAUCAUGUGUGGAUCAGUGUUAGUAUUGUGACGCUGAUAUGCGAGUCCUGAAGAGUGAAAUGAAAGCUUUCAGUUCACAGUGGAACUGAAGUGGGUCAGAGGACGCCGGCUAAGUCUCUCACGUUUUUACUGGUUUACACGACGUGAUCACAUGUCAUAAAUAUGCAUUCAGGACGCAGUGAGUGCAUUCACACCUGAACUCUCUGAAGAAGUGCAAAAGAAUUGUGUUUCCAAAUGCAGUGGAAAAUAAAAGCUGAAUUAAGUCCA